UCCAAUCCUGUAAUUCUCUGGAUCAUUUCUGUUCUAGCUUCAGGGUUGGGAGUGAACUAGACAAGGCAAACACCUGCCCUUUCAGGAGCUCCAGCAGUGUUAAAGGAGGCAGUGCCAGCGGCAGCACCCUAGCAUCUCAUCCAACUGAAGACUCACUCAAAGGCGGCGGCGGGGCUUCUCGCUCCGGCAGCGGCGGCGACAGUGGUGGCGGCUUCCGGAGUCCCGCCGCGAAGAUGCUCAAAGUCACGGUGCCCUCGUGCUCCUCCUCGUCCUGCUCUUCGGUCACCGCCAGUGUGGCCCCAGGAGCCGGGAGCCUCGUCCCGGAUUACUGGAUUGAAGGUUCCAACAGGGAUGCGUUGAGCGAUUUCUUCGAGGUGGAGUCGGAGCUGGGACGGGGUGCUACAUCCAUUGUGUACAGAUGCAAACAGAAGGGGACCCAGAAGCCUUAUGCUCUCAAAGUGUUAAAGAAAACAGUGGACAAAAAAAUCGUAAGAACUGAGAUAGGAGUUCUUCUUCGCCUCUCACAUCCAAACAUUAUAAAACUUAAAGAGAUAUUUGAAACCCCUACAGAAAUCAGUCUGGUCCUAGAACUCGUCACAGGAGGAGAACUGUUUGACAGGAUUGUGGAAAAGGGAUAUUAUAGUGAACGAGAUGCUGCAGAUGCUGUUAAACAAAUACUGGAGGCAGUUGCUUACCUACAUGAAAAUGGGAUUGUCCAUCGUGAUCUCAAACCAGAGAAUCUUCUCUAUGCAACUCCAGCCCCAGAUGCACCCCUCAAAAUCGCUGAUUUUGGACUCUCUAAAAUUGUGGAACAUCAAGUGCUCAUGAAGACAGUGUGUGGAACCCCAGGGUACUGCGCACCUGAAAUCCUUAGAGGCUGUGCCUAUGGACCUGAGGUGGACAUGUGGUCUGUGGGAAUAAUCACCUACAUCUUACUUUGUGGAUUUGAACCAUUCUAUGAUGAAAGAGGUGAUCAGUUCAUGUUCAGGAGAAUUCUGAAUUGUGAAUACUACUUUAUCUCCCCCUGGUGGGAUGAAGUAUCUCUAAAUGCCAAGGACUUGGUUAGAAAAUUAAUUGUUUUGGAUCCUAAGAAACGGCUGACUACUUUCCAAGCUCUCCAGCACCCAUGGGUCACAGGCAAAGCAGCUAAUUUUGUACACAUGGAUACUGCUCAAAAGAAGCUCCAAGAAUUCAAUGCCCGACGCAAGCUUAAGGCAGCAGUGAAGGCCGUGGUGGCCUCUUCCCGGCUGGGAAGCGCCAGCAGCAGCCACAGCAGCAUCCAAGAGAGCCAGAAGGCCGGCCAUGCACCUUCUUCGAUUCAGGAUGGCAGUGAAGAUGUUAAAGCUAUCUCAGAAGGAGAGGAAGUUCAAGGAAGUGGGGCCCCAGUGGCAGUUGAGCGGGCAGAGGCUGAGCUGAUGAAGGUACAGGCUGUAGAAGAAGUUAAAGAUGCUGAUAUAAGUGCUGCCAAGGCCACCAGUGCGGUGCCCAAAGCACUAGAAGAUGGGACAAAGGUGGCUGACCCAGAAAUCGAGGAGGGCCUAGUAGAGGAGAAGCUGAAGACCUCGGAGGAAGCAGCAGCCUCCAAACAAGAGCAAGAAAACCCGGCUGUGGUAUUUGGAGCUCAGCAGAAUGAUGUGAUCCUGCCAGAGUACUGAUUUGGCUUCUUUCCAGUCGGGAGGCCAAAUGCGGGCACUUUGUAUGUUUUGUCCUUCAGCAAGGAAGAUGUGGAAGCAUGAUCUGCAUUAUAGUGAUUCUGUUUUUUGAGGUGCAAAAAAAAAUACAUAUAUAUCAGUUGGUAAUCCUAAUUUCAUGCAUGUGACUGCUUUAUGAAAAAAUAGUGUCUUCUGUGGUAUGUAAUGGAUACCUAAUGCUGAUGAGUUAAAUUUGAAAUUUUGAGUAAACAACAUACAUUUUAAAAACAUACAUUUUCAGGGACCAGUAGCAUACAUUUGAAGUAACUUGUAACACAUUGUUUUUGCUUUGAAAACCUAGCCAUCAUACAUCCUUUGGAUUUCUUCACAAGGCAGUAAUUCCUUUGGACUGUUGCUCAAUAUUAGGUAAUGCUAUAAGACAUGUUCCCAUGGCAUUCACAUUAUACUUUUCAGUGUGUUCAAACUGUUUACAAGGAGAUGGUUAUAGGGUGCAGUUUUAUGGUACAUAUAAAAAAUCCCACUUACAAUGGUAAGAAGUUGAAGCAUACUUAAGGGCCAUGAAACAAAAUGCCCUUAAAGCUUGUGUAGCAAAUGCUUUCUAAUUUUGUCCUUAUUUAUGCACACUAUAUUACUAAUAACCAAAAAUGUUCUAUCACAAAAUCCUGCCAUUUUACAAUCCUGGAGAAAGUAUUUUACAGACCUCUGCUGAGAGAUAUAUCCCUUCCUUCCCAUGCUAAUACAGUUUCUUUCUCAUGGACAACUUAAGGUAGGCUAAAGAAACUGAGGGAAGAGAAGGAGCUAAGGCCUAGACCUAAACUAACAAAGGUUGACUGCUUGUCAUUUUCAGAUACAAUUGGAUUUAUUCAUGAGUUUGUACAACUUUAAAGACCGUGACAUUUUUAUGAAUAAACUCUGUAUUUACCGAGUUUCAAAUAUUCAGAAAAAUCUACCCCACAGGCUGGUGCCAAAAUAUCUGAAUAGAGUGAGAAUAAUAUUCCAUUAUAAGAUCAUCCACUUUACUAGAGUAAGGAAACUUUUGUUUAUGAAAGUCCUUUUUCCCUUCAGUUGAUGAUGAACUAGAUACAUUGCUUAUGAACUAAAGAUAUUUCAGAAAAUCUGGUAUAUCUUUUUCUCAUACUUGGAAUAGAAGUGCCCACAUCUUACAAUGUAGUUUUUUAGUUUCCAUGCCAAGAAAUUUAGGACAGUGCAACAUUUUAUUUGCCUUAAAAAACAAAAACAAAAACAAAAACAAAAAGAAACAAAGAAAAAGCACUGAUUUCAAAUCAGACUCACAAGAAGCUAUAACAUUAGACCUAAUACUUCAUUAUGAUUUUUUUUCAAAAUAUUUUUCUUUGAUUUUUCAUAUGAACACUUUUCCCUUAUAGAAACCACACCUAAAUUCCAAGUACCUCAUAUUUCUUUCUAGUUUGAGAUGAAGUGAACAUUUUUAUCAAAUUAUGCAUCACAAAUAGGUUUCCUCAGUUUUAAAAAAGGAUUAUUUUCAGAGACCAAAAUAUGGACAGUAAAAAUGACUGUCACAUAAAAAUCUUCACCGAAAAAAGAUCUUAAAUUCUUUGGGCUCUUCCUCAAAACUGUCAAAUUGGAAAAUGAAAUUAAAUCUCUGGUUCCUGCGGGCUCCUGGACCUUGGUAGAUAUUCUGCUUUCCAAGCGCAAACCUUCCUUUACUACUGUUCUCAUAAGAAGAAAAGGUAGGACUUCUCGUCAUCCGUGGUUUAAGGGCCUGAUGGGUCACCGACAUGGACAGAGGAAAAAGCCCUUAAAAAGCACAUCAUCUGGGCUCAGAAGAUUAUUUUUUGUUUUUAGCUAGUUGAGAGUACUUAUUUUCUCCCGUUUCUUUCCUUCCUUCUUUAUUCUCUCAGAAUUUCCAGGUUAGUAAUUAUAAAGGGCUCACUCUUUUUAAUCUUUAAGAAUGCCUUCUUCACUAAGCAUUAACAUUUCCAUUUAAGAAGAUCAAUUGCCCGGUGAGCUUUUCCUAAUGAGACUUAACAGGCAGAUAGGGUCGUUGUCCCAUAUACUGGAAAAGGAAAGAAGAGAGGGAAAUGGAUCUUACUGGACAGUGGCAUUGUUGGAACAUCAUUAGGCGUUGCCCUUCCGGGCCCCGUCCACCCCCACAGUGUUCCGAGGGAGGGCAGUCAUUCUCUGAUCCAUCACUCAGGCUGACUGUGCUGCCUGUGGCCUGUGUUAACAGGAGCUCCAGCAGUAGCGGAUGCGAAAGGCCAGUGUGUGUUUAAGAAUUUACCCAUUUAAAUGAGUACCCAUGCCUUUUCCUUGGUGAGUACUUGAACACCUGAGGGUGAUUUCCUCUAUUUUUUUUUUUUAACCUGUAAAUUGCACUUUCUAAAGAUUAACGGGAGUUUUAAAUUUUGACUGUAAAAGAUGAAGUCCUGAUGAUGCCAAAAUAGUGACUAACUUUGUCAUUUCAAUGCAAAAACAAGUCAGACUUUCACAAAAAUUGGUCAUUUCAGCCAAAGGAUUCAAUCUAAGAUUUAACAGAAAUACAAUCUGUUAGGAUAAUUAGAUUAACCAUUUUGAAAGAACAACAAACAUUUAUCUUCUUUAUUUAAAAGAGAUCUGUUAUCUAUCUCAAAGAUUAACUUAGCUAGGGGCGCCUGGGUGGCUUAGUCCAUUAAGCAUCUGACUUCAGCUCAGGUCAUGAUCUCAUGUUCAUGAGUUCUAGCCCCACGUUGGACUCUGUGCUGACAGCUGAGAGCCUGGAGCCUGUUUUGAAUUCUGUGUCUCCCUCUCUUUCUGCCCCUCCCCUGCUCAUGCUCUCUCUCUCUCAAAAGUAAACAUUAAAAAAAACAACAACAACCCCACAAAGAUUACUUAGCUAAAUAAUGGUAGACUGUUGUAGAGAGAGCCUUAAUUUGACAAACUCUUUCAUAAUGUUCCCUUUAAUUAAGACAAUAUAGUCACAAAGCAAAAACAUUAAGGUUAUUUUAGCACAGAACAAUAAAUUCUGUUUUGCAUUUUAGAGCUGACAGUUAAUACAUUAUUGAUUUUUGUUUCUCAAAUAAGUUCAGAUACAUAGCAUGAACUAGACUAUUUUACCAUGAAGAAUUAUGGUAAUUAUUAUUUCUCACAUUUAAAAAGUCUAGUCAGAAUCCCACUGGGCUUUUCAGGCUGUAAGAGCUCAUUUGCCCCACAAAUACAUAAAUAAGGGAGAAAUUAGAAUAACAUGGUUGUAGAAGUUAUCAUCUAGAACAAGUGCUAUAAUCCCAAUGUAUAAUCAAUAUGAAAAAUUAUUGAGAUAUUUUGAAUUUAUUAUUUUUAUAUUAAGUUUUAAAAAUCAGGAGUAUAUAUAUAUAUGUUAUACCUUUAGGACAUCAAGUGCUCAAUAGCCACACAUGACUAGUGGCUAAUGUUUUGGAACAAAACUGUUCCAGAGCGCACUUCUAAAGCAAAAAUGACACAUGAAUUUCUAUGCUUAGAUUUGAGCUGCCUCAGUUUUCCAUACUGAUGAGUUGGUAGGAGGCCAAAAAGAAAAUGUUUCCGAAAUGUCACAGACCGAAAUAAGUAAAAACUCUAUUGGCCACAUCUGCUUAAUCAUGUACUUCAAAGGAAGAUUUCCCAUCACGACUUUUAGAGAACAAUGCCUUCCUGGGCAUUGCAAAAUUGUCUGUUUGCCACAGUCCCUCUAAUCCCUCUCUGGGCCCUGGAAUCUUGACUUCAGGCUCGAGUCUCCUGAGUACUGCCAUAACAUCAACAGUAUUCUUGUGUAUGAAACCAUGUGUCCCCACUCAGGAGGGACUACACACAGACCCUUAAUAGGAUUUUUUAAGGCUGGACUGAGGUGGGCAUCAUUUUGUUACAGGCAAUAUUUCCUUCUACAAAUCACCUGAACAUACUAAAUUCAUGUGAUGAAGAUCAUUUGGGGAGGGUGAGGAUAUCAUCCCAGUAACCCCCAAAAUAAGAAUGACCGUUGGCUGGAUCUUUUUAGAUUUCCUCAGAACUGUUCAAUCAACACUGCCAUUAUACAUGGAUUCAAAGACUUAGAAUUUUCUUAUAUACUGCUAUUUUAGAAUAAUCCUCAAAGUUCUAUAGCCAUGUUGAGUGGCAAACUUAAAAAAGAAAGGAAUAGUUUGCCUAUUACUGUGACCUCAAUUACAUAGUAUUUAAAACAUAUUUUGUAAUUUAGAAUAUCUAGCAACCCCUAUUUCCAGUUUCACAUGCAAGGUAACUUGGUGGAUUGCCUACAGACCGAAGAUUUAGAGAGAGCCAUUUUGUUUCAUAAUUCAGUUUUUAUUUCACAGAAGCAUCUGGUUGCAUUUCAAAUUAGAAAAAAAAAAAGUAAAUGCCAGAAAAGGCAAAGAGUAAAAUUACUAAGCCAUUUAUUCUGUUUUAGGA